AAUAAAAAUAAGAAAAAACAAUGUCCAGCUACUACAGCCUCUACACGCGUGACAACUAUGACGACGAGUCCAUUGGAGACGAGCGAAGUGAAGAAGAUACGGACGACGCGAGUGAAACAGAGUUCCGGAGUCCCAACCGAUACGGUGGCACUAACGGCACAUCAAACAACAGCACAAACAACAACAUUGGCAGCAACAGCGAGCUCAAAGAGCAAAUGUACCAGCACAAGCUUCUCAAUCUGCAAAAGCAAAUGGAGGAACUGAAUCAGCUCAUCCAUCCAGAGUAUAUAAAACGCGUUAAGAAGCUGGACAACCAGCUGAAAGAGCGACGUAGGCUGAAUGAGAUAUAUAAGGAUUACAUGCGGGAGUGCGUCGAACGGGAUUAUAUUCUGGAGAAGAAGGCCGCCCAGAAGGAAUACGACGAGAAGAUGAUGGAUCUUAAGGACAAUCUGAUAUCGGAUUUUGAGGACCGAAAGCGAUUGAUCGAAAACGAACGGUAUAGCUUGGAGCUGACCAGCGAUUCAAUGGAGAUCAAAACGACGGUGACGCGAAAGUUACGCCGACGACCGAACGAACCAAUGCCGGUGAUAGAGAAGCGUCGAAAGCCAGCCACCGGCCAGCUCCUGGUCUAUCAGCUAGACGACAAGGAAAUCGAAUCUGAUCUCAAGGUUAUACAGCGCGGCAAGCCCUUGGGCCCAAAUACCAUGCAGCAGAACGGCCUUGUUUCCUACACAAAUGCCCAACAGCAGCAGUCACACAUGCUACUGGCCGACCCACCGGCCAACAGUUACGUGGAAACACGCAUCGAGGACAACAAGUUGCUCUACGAGCGACGAUGGUUCUGUCGUGGCCAGCAGGUCUACGUAGAGGGCAAGGAGCUGAGCAAAUUUGCAGCUACCAUCACGGCCAUCGGUAAUGAAGUGGUUUGGGUGAAGCGCACGAACGAGAGCAAGGUCAAGCUCGCCAUGUCGCAUUUGGCCAAAGGAAAGAUAUCGAUCAAGCGUCGAUAGCCAGCAGAGUGCAGAGUGCCAAUAACAGUUUUGGUUCUAUAGGUCGAACCAUUAGCCCCUCAGACAAGCACCACCUUCAAGUUCGUAUGCUAGAAAGCUGUUACAUACAGCUGCAGAUCGUUACUCCCAGAUAGAAUCAUCUCUGGCAGCACAACCAAGCCCAGUCCUGUCAGUCUGUUCCUAUACCAUUUACUUACUGCGUUUAUUUGUUUGUUUCAUAGGUCAGAUCGACCUGUUUGAAUAUCAUCAGCCUAUCAUCAUUUUAUUCCAUUAAGUUGCCAUUUUGUUGUUUUAGCUUAGUGAAAUUUAUUCAAAUGUGCGCCUGGCACGUGCUUAUAUUGGAAAAACUAAAUUUCUAGGUUUCUGCUGAAGGCAGAUAAGCACAUAUUUUCGGUUUUAAGUAGAUCAAUUAACUAGUGGAACUUGGAAGGUUACACAAACGUCGGCUUGCCGGGGUUGGCUUUCACGCAUUUCGAUGUAUUGCUCGGUGCGAACUGAGCCGUAGGUUAGGUACAAAAAUGCUUUUAACAUGCUGUAAAUAAUAAAAAACUCUUCUUAUAAAAUA